AUGCAUCCGGAGGCCGCCCCGCCCCCGAGCAACAACAGUCCCGAGCUUCCCCUCAGCGGCUGCAGCACCACCAGCGGCAGCCACCGGAGCCGCCGCCGGAGCGGGGACGGGGAGCCCCCAGGGUCGCCGCCGCCGCCGCCGCCCGCCGUCACCUACCCGGACUGGAUCAGCCAGAGUUACUCCGAGGUGAUGAGCCUCAACGAGCACUCGAUGCAGGCGCUGUCCUGGCGCAAGCUCUACUUGAGUCGCGCCAAGCUCAAAGCCUCCAGCCGGACUUCGGCUCUGCUCUCCGGCUUCGCCAUGGUGGCGAUGGUGGAGGUGCAGUUGGAUGCUGACCAUGACUACCCGCCGGGACUGCUCAUCGCCUUCAGUGCCUGCACGACGGUGCUAGUGGCUGUGCACCUGUUUGCACUGAUGAUCAGCACCUGCAUCCUGCCCAACAUCGAGGCAGUGAGCAACGUGCACAACCUCAACUCCGUCAAGGAGUCACCCCACGAGCGCAUGCAUCGCCAUAUCGAGCUGGCCUGGGCCUUCUCCACUGUCAUCGGCACGCUGCUCUUCCUGGCUGAGGUGGUGCUGCUCUGCUGGGUCAAGUUCUUGCCCCUCAAGAGGCAGCCGGGCCAGCCCCGGCCCACUAAUAAGCCCCAAGGCAGCCCGGUUUCCAAUGACAGCAGUGGUGGCACUGGCGGCAUCACCCCAGGCCAGGCCGCCGCCAUCGCCUCAACCACCAUCAUGGUCCCCUUCGGCCUGGUCUUCAUUGUGUUUGCUGUCCACUUCUACCGCUCACUGGUCAGCCAUAAGACGGACCGACAGUUCCAGGAGCUCAACGAGCUGGCAGAGUUUGCCCGCUUGCAGGACCAGCUGGACCACAGAGGAGACCACCCCCUGACACCAGGCAGCCACUAUGCCUAA